UUUCCACCCCCAUCCCGUCCUUUUUUCACCCUUUUUACCAAUUGAUCCUUUUAUCAAUCGCAAAAAUGUUCGCCGCUUCUCGCAUCCAGCGCCGUGCUUUCUCCGCCACCGCCCGGGACCUUUCCAAGGUCACCGUUCUCGGUGCUGCUGGUGGUAUCGGCCAGCCUCUCUCUCUCCUCCUCAAGAUGAACCCCCGCGUCACUGACCUCGCCCUCUACGAUAUCCGUGGCGGACCCGGUGUUGCUGCUGACAUCUCCCACGUCAACACCAAGUCCAGCGUCAAGGGAUACGAGCCCAACGCGGCUGGUCUCAAGGAGGCUCUCUCCGGCGCUGAGGUCGUCCUCAUCCCCGCUGGUGUCCCCCGCAAGCCCGGUAUGACCCGUGACGAUCUUUUCAACACCAACGCCUCUAUCGUCCGCGACCUCGCCAAGGCCGCCGCUGAGGCUGCCCCCAAGGCCAAGCUCCUGAUCAUCUCCAACCCCGUCAACUCCACCGUCCCCAUCGUCAAGGAGGUUUACAAGGCUGCCGGUGUCUACAACCCCAAGACCCUCUUCGGUGUCACCACCCUCGACGUUGUCCGUGCCUCCCGAUUCGUUUCCGAGAUCAAGGGCACCGACCCCAAGGACGAGAACAUCACCGUCGUUGGUGGCCACUCCGGUGUCACCAUCGUCCCUCUCUUCUCUCAGUCCAACCACCCCGACCUCUCCUCCAACGCUGAGCUCGUCAAGCGUGUCCAGUUCGGUGGUGACGAGGUUGUCAAGGCCAAGGACGGUGCUGGCUCUGCCACUCUCUCCAUGGCCAUGGCUGGUGCCCGCAUGGCUGACUCCGUCCUCCGCGCCGUCCAGGGCGAGAAGGGUGUCAAGGAGCCCGCUUUCGUCGAGUCUCCUCUCUACAAGGACCAGGGUAUUGAGUUCUUCAGCUCUCAGGUCGAGCUCGGCCCCGAGGGUGUUGAGAAGAUCCACCCUCUCGGCAAGCUCGACGCCAACGAGGAGAAGCUCGUUGACGCCGCUCUCGUCGACCUCAAGAAGAACAUUGAGAAGGGUGUUGCCUUCGUUGCCUCCAACCCUCCCAAAUAAAUUACCUGAGCUCUCUUCGAGUUAAUGGGGACGUCGUAGCUUAAAACACUAUGCGUCCUGGUGAAAAGGGGAAAAUUUAAAAUGGAAGCUCUGUCGUGGCACAGAUGUCUUCUGAGGAUUGGGUAAGAAGACUGAGGCGUAUAAGCGAUUGAUAUACCUAUGUUUUCCUCCCACUGUUCUACCACCAUAGACUUGGAAACGAGUCUUGUCUGUACCAUAGCCAUAAUGAAAAAAAUACCCAACAUAAGUCGUG